UGUCGGCCACCACCGACUGAAAGGCUGCAAUUACCAUACCAAGGACUAUUCCGGAACUAGUCUAUCGCGACUCAGGUGAGUGGUGCCAUUCAGCCCCAACUCGGAUCUGGGUUGGAGGAGUCAAUUCAAGUAGCCGAGUAUUUUGACCAUCUUUCAGACUGGCUAUACAAGUGAAGUGGUCAUAAUCUUUCAGUAUUCGCCACUGAACAUUUGGCUGUAUGGUUGGGUAAUCAGGCCUAGUGGAGUUUGUUUCCUUAACUCAUCGGCUAUAGGCGCCAUUCAAUCACCUUCCAUUGCUGGCGAAUUGCAAGCUUGUUACUCAUUCCAUGAUGGAAAGCAACUCCGGCAAACUGUUUAUUGUUCUGAGUUUCUCCAUAUUCUACUGCCUCUGCAUUCGAUUUUCCCAUGCGACGGAUACCAUCACACAAGACCAACCGCUCCCUGAUGGGAAGACCUUGAUUUCUGCUGGUGAGGUUUUCGAGCUGGGCUUCUUCAGCCCCGGCAAGUCGAAGAAUCGUUACGUGGGAAUAUGGUACAAGAAAGUCACGAACCAAACGGUUGUAUGGGUUGCCAAUAGGAAAAACCCAGUCUUGCAUUCAUCUGGUGUCCUUACAAUCAACAGCAACAAUGGAAAUCUGAUGAUCUUGGAUGAAAUUGGAGGCAACUUCAUGGUGACAUCUGAUUCUGCUACCAAUCAAACAAGUGCUUGGCUCUUGGAUUCUGGAAACCUCAUCCUGAUAGAAGGGAAUUCGAUGAAUGAUGAAAGCCGGGUCAUAUGGCAAAGCUUUGAUUAUCCUACCCAUACAUAUCUCGCUGGCAUGAAACUGGGAGUGAAUAGAACGAGUGGGCGAAACUGGUUCUUUGCUUCAUGGAUAAGUGAAGAUGACCCUGCUCCUGGGGACUACACUUUUGUAAUAGAUUCCAAUGGAUUGCCUCAAUUUUUUAUACAGAGAAAACGGCAAAACUACUGGAGUAGUGGCACUUGGAAUGGAGAGGUUUUCAGCCUUAUUUCUGGAAUGAUAAGAAGUACUAUCUUCAAUUACAGCUACAUAUCGAAUGAGGAUGGGGCAUAUUUUAUUUAUUCACUUUAUGAUAAAACUAUAAUUUCAAUAAUGGUGAUGGACGUGUCUGGGCAACUCAAGCAAUCGAUAUGGCAGGAGAACAGCCAAUCUUGGAAUUUGUUUUGGUCUCAACCGAGAGUGGCAUGUGAUGUUUAUGCUGCUUGUGGGGCUUUUGGUAUCUGCGAUGAUAGUACGUCCUUGUGCAAGUGCUUGCACGGGUUUGAGCCUUAAUCUCGAGGAGAAUGGGAUGCAGGUGAUAAAUCAAAGGGGUGCGUGAGGCGAACAGAACUGAAGUGUGGGAAUCAAGAUGGGUUCUUGCGGUUGAGUGGCAUGAUGUUUUCUGGUAACCCUCGAGUUCUAAAGAAUUCAAGUCUCAGCCUAGAAGAUUGCGAAUUUGAAUGCAGGAGAAACUGCUCUUGUAUUGCUUAUGCUUCUGCUCAUGACAACAGAACUGGAUGUUCCGUGUUGGAUGGAGAGUUGAUGAAUCUUCGUGAGACCUCCAGCAAUGUCCCUGAUCUUUAUGUUCAUCUCUCUGCUUCAGAGUUUG